AGUGCGAGGCUGUGGUGGGGGGCGGUGUGAGCGGUAGGAUCUCUGGUACUGGGGCGGUGUGAGGCGGCCGGCAGCGCAGUGUCACCGGUAACGCUCCCACCCCAGGCUGCCCGAGGGGACCAGCAGGCAGAGCCCCGCCCCCUUGGGCGAGGGGCACAGAGAGGGCGUCUCCCUGCCUGGCUCGGGCGCCGGCAAACUCUGAGUCCCGUGGCGGGCGGGAGAGCUCCGGGCCCGGCCUCCCUCGCCCGGGGCCAGGCGGAGCCAGCAGCGGGAGGAGGAGCGGGUGAGAGGUCGGCCAGCUCCGGUCGCCCACAGAGGCUGAGUCCCGGGCAGAGAGGGCGGCGGCGGCGCCCGGCGGUGGAGAAGCUGAGAGAUGGGGAAGUUUUGAUUUGACCACAAGGUCACCCAGUGAGUUGCAGAGCCAAGAUUUACUACGCUGAUUAAACCUGAACAAGCUGGGACAAGUGGAAAGACUGCUUGUCUAGCCUUUUUCAUUUUCCUUCUUUAGUUAUUCCCUCAUGUCUUCCCCCUGCAAAAUAUCCUCUCACACAUCCACUCUCAAUCCUUUUUCUCCCUUUUGCUCUGCCACAAUCAUCCCUAAUGCCCAGCAACAGUCCAGUGCUUACAAGGUGCAGGAGAGGUGGUGCAGGGGAGGAGAACAGAAGUAUGGAUGGCACUUCCAAGUCUAGGUUAAAGAAUUUGCCCAAGGUAACACACCCACAGUGUGGCGGAGCUGGAAACCGAACACAGAUCUCCUGACUCCUACUCUGGUGUUUUGACCACGGGACCAUCUCUGCCCUACAUGUUGUACGAGUUUGAGAGAUUUCAUUGAAAAUGACUAGCAAAACAACUAGCACAACAAACAAUAUAGCUCAGGCACGAAGAACUGUACAGCAGUUAAGAAUAGAAGCUUCUAUCGAAAGAAUAAAGGUGUCAAAAGCAUCAGCAGAUCUCAUGUGCUACUGUGAAGAACAUGCCAGGAAAGAUCCUUUACUAAUGGGCAUACCUGCUUCUGAAAACCCUUUCAAGGAUAAAAAAACAUGCAUUAUAUUGUAGCAGAGCAG